CACAUUAAUGGAAGUAUGUGGUAUGGUUUGGUGCAAAACUUCGUCAGUAUUUACCUGUUGCUCAGAAGUAUGUCAAAGCACCUGAAAGAAAUGCAAAGUUGUUUAUUUUUUAUAAGGCCCGGAAGAGCUCCUUUAACCGUUUCCGGGUCAGAUCCAAAUCCUGAAGGCACGCUGGCAACACAUCGAGGCCACCGUGUCAGCAAAAUGGACUUUGUUUAUGGCCCGCUGGGCUUGAGUGUUGUCGCGGGAUGUGGGCUCAUCCUCGGCUGGUACCUCCGAGGCCGCUUCGCUCCCGCGUCCAAAAGCGUCGCUGCAGCGGCGCUGGGGAACGGCGCCGGGGAGGCCAGUAUGAUGGGAGAAGGAGGAGAAUACAAGAUGAUUCUGGUAGUGCGAAGUGACCUAAAGAUGGGCAAAGGGAAAGUCGCCGCCCAGUGCUCCCACGCGGCCGUGUCUGCGUACAAACAGGUCCAGCGGAGGCACCCGGAGCUGCUGAAGGAGUGGGAGUACUGCGGCCAGCCCAAGGUGGUGGUCAAAGCUCCGGACGAAGAGACUCUCAUUGACCUACUGGCACGCGCCAAAGAAAUGGGACUUCCUGUUAGUUUGAUCCAGGACGCCGGCCGGACACAGAUCGCCCCGGGGUCACGCACAGUGCUGGGGAUUGGCCCUGGCCCAUCUGAUUUGGUUGACAUGGUCACUGGAGAGCUGAAACUCUAUUAAACAUCAUCUUUGCCAUAAGAUGUUAUGAGACUUUUUACAAUAUGAGUUGUCAUUUUUAUAAUGCACAUUCAGCAGGCCCAUGGCUCCUAGCUGUGUACUCAAGUACUACUAGAAAUACCAUGUAUAUUGUUGCCCAGCGAUGCUUGGGUAAAUACUUUUAUUAAAUGGUUAACUUGAUUGAUAAUAAAUUAAGAUUUACAUAA